AAAGGCAAAUGUGUCCACACCGCCAUUUUAACGGGCAAAAUAACGCAUAGAGUUACUUGAAAACAAGGUGUUCAGUUAGGAUUGAAGCGUUUGUAUGGUAUUAUAAUGGGAAAAAUAUUAACAAUUUUUGUGCUGUGUACGUUACUGUACUGGCAAAGUUUCGUUGAUUCUUCAAAUUUGGACGGCUACUUAGUAACAGUAGAACAUGUAGAAUUUAACGGAAACGGACGUUUUCCUGAAAACGUUGAUGUAGUUUUGGGAAAUCAGGGAAAUAAUGUUUACCUGAAAUUAGCGCGCGAUGACGACGCAACCAAUAUUCUUAGUGAAGAAAUUUUUGAAACAUCAAAAAUUCUUCCUUCUGGAGUGUUCAGUGAAAAUGAUAAAGAUAAAUUUGCCGCUUAUACCGCAGGACCUUCUGAUCUGAUAGUAAUUCACAGACAAUCCAUCGAUGACAAACCAAAACUUUAUGGAAGGUUUACUAACGAGGGUGAAAAAAUGGUGAUACAACCUGAUGGCGGAAGUUACGUACAUCACCGUGUAAGGCGGGAAAAUAAUGAACACACACGUGUACGCCGGGCCUCCGAUGAUGGUAACGUGCUCGAAUUAUUCGUGUUUGCCGAUCUCUCAGUAUACACACACGUAAGAGAUGAAUUUAUGGCGCCAAAUGCAACUGUUAAAGAAACCAAGACAUUCCUUAAAUCCUACCUGAACGGUAUUGCAAAAGAGGUGGACUUUAUUUUUAAAAAGAUGGGUGAGGACUAUGGCACUAACAACACGUUCAGAGUUUAUUUUCAACAAUAUCAGAUAAUCACAAAGGGCCAAAUCGCCACACAGGGAUUGUAA